AUGAAGGAGCUGCGUAGCCAAGGAAAUAGAACAAAGCUUGUUAAAGAUCGGCUAUAUGUGAAUGGGAAACUAUACAGGACUGAAAAUCAUGUUAACUUUGGUGUGCAAAACCAAGCCAACAGAAUACCCAAAGCUGGGUCGCAAGCACAGUUAGUGGGAGUGCAGACUACGCAAUUACAAUUACAGCAAAGAGAUGCAGUAGCUCGGCCUAUGGAAACAAACGUUUGGCCAAUGGACAGACACUUGCGACCCACGGAAACACAGGUGCGGGCUAGAGAAACACACAGUGUUUUUGAGAACAAGAACGAAUCCAACAAUAUUGAUGACAGUGUUGAACAGCACUCAGCAUCUUGCUAUGAGGAAUUAGAUACUCGUAUAUCUGAAUUAGAAGUAGAGAAAGCAAUUUUGAAACUUACGUGUAAUAAGAAGGAUACCAUAGUCAGUGUGACAGUUGGAUCUGUUAUUGGUGGCCUUAUCUUAGGCAUUGUCCUAACUGUUCUUGGACUAAUCAUCUACCAAAAUAUACGAAAUGGGAAACCUAAAGCUGAAAAAAAAAAAUGGCCAAAGGCUGCAGUUUUUAACAACACCACAUUUGAAACUGAAAGAGAUGCAGAUCAGAACAUUCCCACCGUGCAACGUAUAAAUGAGAGAAAGGUUGUAAAUGUGCCACCGUUUGCUCAUUCUAUUGAUUUGCCAGUAAAGAAAAACAUCCAAGAUGCAAAACAACGUUCGAUGGCAAAUAGUGACGUAAAUAAUGGCGUAUACAAUCAUCUGCAUGAAAAGGAAGAGGAUCUUGACAUUGAUGAAAACUAUGACCACGCCCAUGGAAACAAUAAUCGUGCGAUGGAAGAGAGUGACUACAGUAAUCUCAAUACUGGAAGAAGAUAAAAGGAACUCGAUGUUUCUGCAUCUGAAGGAAAUGAUUAUGACGUCCAAGGACCCACUAGUGAUUACUGUGCACUUAAAAAACAGUAAAGAAUCUGUAUGUUCUUACUCAAAGAACCUGUUGUGCCUAAAUUUAUUUUGUUUUAUCGCUGUAAUUGCUGUUGCCUUUUAAUGACAGAGAUCUUACUUAAGUAAUAUAUGCAGUACAAAAGGACUAAUUAUCAAACUUUCUCUCGACAUGUAACAUGAUAAUUUUUUAUAAAUAUUUUUGAUUCAUUUUACUGUACAACGAAUUCUGGUUAUUUGAAAAAUAUGAAGAUAACAAACAGUGAUCGAUCUAAAACCAUAAAAAAACACAACAAGCGAUACAAAUCUGUUAACAGGGCAUGAAACAUGCCC